AUCGAUAUCGGACGCUGCUGUUGUGGGAGUUGUCCAAUUUGUGUUGUUGCUUUUAUACGCACAUAUUUUCUAAGUUUAUUUACCAAUUUGUUAUUGCGUUUUACUGACUUAGCUUGCACAACUGCGAGCUGCAUGAUGAAAUCCUGGGAAAUAGCUGUGCUGCUGCUAGCGGCCGUGUACCUGUGCAGUCAAGUGGAUUUUGUGCAGGGACUCGAGUGCUAUGUCUGCUCCAACCAGACGGGCAACACAGAGAAGUGCCUCAACACUAUAAAGACCUGCGAACCGUUUGAGAAUGUCUGCGGCACUGAAAUACGCUGGGGCAGCCAGCCCUACUUCUCCGAGGGCGCUCUCAAGCAAUACUACGUCUCCAAGCGCUGCAUGACCAAGGAGCAAUGCCAGUCGAAGCGCCGACGCUACAUGCAAAUGUAUUGCACACACAUCUGGUACGAGGACUGGGCGUGCAACGAGUGCUGCCAGGGCGACAGGUGCAACUACUUCAUUAUCAGCGGAGCGACGGGUCAACAGAGUCACAUGGUUAAGUUCUUAGCUCUGCUUCUGGGCCUGGGACUGCUGAUAAGGCGUGGCAUCAUGCCCUAGAGCU